GUUUUGCUGACUAUCGAUCGCCAUCUUUCACACCCAUACCUAUCCUCCAUAACCUCAAGUGAAUGCGGCUCCAAGGAGCCGUUUUGCCAUACGUCGAUUUAUAAUAAAGACCCCCCAAGUCAACCUCUCGGAUGGACGACCAGCCCCGCCGCGACACCAUCGAUGAAGUCCUCCCGGGCACGAGAAGGCUCUUUACCGACGAGUGGGCGAGCGUGUCGGGCGACAGCGGACUCGAGAAGCAUGGUGACAUUAUUCUCGUCCCGCCCCCGACAAAGUCGCCGAAUGAUCCUCUGAACUGGAGCCUCGCGCGCAAGAUAUGGCACUCGUUCCUCGUCUGCUACAUUGUCGCCCUGACCGCCGCAACCUCCAACACGGCCGGCGCGGCGGGUGUGGGCGUCAACGAGGAGUAUGGCAUUAGCUACGACGUCUUCAACACGGGCGCCGGCGUCCUGUUCAUCGCCAUCGGAUACUGGACGCUGCUGAGCUCGCCCGCGACCCAUCUUUACGGACGUCGCAUCCUCUACCUGGUUGGAACGGUAUGGGGUCUUAUCGGAAACCUCUGGUUUGGCCACCUCAAGAACACAAACGACACCAUCUGGUCUCAGCUCUUUGUCGGCGCCUCCGAGUCAGUCGCCGAGGCCGUCGUGCAGCUGUCGCUUCUCGACAUUUGGUUCGAGCACCAGAACGGUACUUCGCUGGGCCACCUCGCCGAGAACAUUGGCUGGCGCUGGAUCGGUCACGUCGGCGCCAUCGCCUCGGGGUUUACCUUGCUCCUCUUCUACUUUGGACUUGAAGAGACUGAGUUCGAGAGGAACCGAUACCUGGAUCUGCAGCAGAAUGACGAGCGCGACGCAGAGGCCGACUCGGGCAACGCCGACGGCAUUCCCGUGCCACCCCCGACUCAGGGUGGCGAUCUCGUUACCAAGACGAGCAGGGAAAAGUCGGAGGAGCCUGCUGACGUCGAGGCUGGUGUGGUGGACAUGACCGAGUCUUCUCGUCGGUCGCAGACUGAGCGCAACCGGCUGUCGGUGUCGUACUCGCAGCGCAAGACUUACUGGCAGCGCAUCGCCCUCAUCACGCCCGCCUCCAACCUUCAGGGCCUGGGUCUCCGCCAGUAUGUGUCUCGCCUGUGGCACACGAUGCGCAUCUUUACAUUUCCCGCUGUGUGGUUUGCAGGUUUGCAGUGGGGAUUGCAGAACAUUGCACUGUCCUUCUACCUCACCGUCGAAGAGGAUUACUGGAUUGGCCCUCCGUGGAACUACAGCGAUGCCGCCGUCGGCAACAUGAACAUCCCAUGCCUGAUUGGCAGCAUCAUCGGCUGUUUCUACGGUGGUUACUGCAGUGACAAGUUCAUCCUCUGGAUGGCCAAGCGCAACAAGGGCAUCAUGGAGGCCGAGUUCCGUCUGUACCUCAUGGUGCUCUGCGUCGUCAUCUUCCCGCUGGGCAUGUGGCUCUUUGGCAUCGGUUCGGCGAAGGGCUGGGCCUGGCCGGUUCCUUACGUGGCUCUGGGCUUCAUCGGCUUUGGCUACGGAUGCGCGGGCGACCUGAGCAUCACGUACCUGGCCGAUAGCUACCCGGACAUGGUGCUGGAGGGUAUGGUGGGCGUGGCCGUCAUCAACAACAGCAUCGCCACCAUCUUUACUUUCGUGUGCAGCUACUGGAUCGACACGGGUCUGCAGGACUGCUUCAUCGAGCUUGGCGUCCUGAGCUUUGUCAUCCUCAUGCUGUCGCUGCCCAUGGCUGUCUGGGGUAAGCAGUCGCGUCGCUGGACCCUGGGGAGAUACAUCAGAUUCCUCCAGAUCCGUGACGGCAUGGACGGCUGACUUGGGAGGUACACAGCACUUUCCAAAGACCAGAUCGAAUGGUCUGAUGGGGAUAGGUAUGGUGAUGACUCUGGGUGGGAAAUAGAUUGUGCCGAACUAUCGGCUUCCAGACUACAGAGUCACAUUUGGAUGCUUCGCACUCGCGAAACAUCAUUUCUCUCUUUCAACUCCGUAAUUAUCUAUUUGCACGUACAUACAUUGAGAUCCUUGGGGUCUGUCGUUCAUUCACA